AUCCUUCAAAAAACUCAUCGGUGCCAGUGUGCCACUUCGAAGAUGUCGAAGAGAGAGAGCAAUUCCUUCAGACUUCAGAGGAGUGAAGCGCUUUUUCUCUCACACACAACACACAGUUGGCAGUACUUCACGCUUAUUAAUUAUUUGUUUGUUACUGUAUAGCUACCGUGUGACUGUGUGAGAGAGGGGUGGUGGAAGGAAAAUGUUGAGUACACUGAAAAUUCAGCCGAAAACGACGCCGCCUCGAGUUUAUCCCAGGUGUAAUGCCGGAGGAUUCAGUAACCAUCGCCGUUUUAAUUUACCGUUGAAUAGAAACCGGCGGUUUGUGUCCGUGUCUUUGGAGCAAGCUGAGUCGUCGGAUUCAUCCUCUCAUCUGACCUCCACCGUCGGAUCAUCAUCUUCUUUAUCUCCCGUUCAAUGGACCCUGCCCAGUCGCCACCUUAGCAUUCUCAAUUACACCGCUUGCGCGGUAGCAAUAUCAGCAGCCUGGCUUUUCUGCUGGGCGAUUCCAACAAUGCUGGCUUUUAAGAGAGCAGCUGAGUCUUUGGAGAAGUUAAUGGACGUCACAAGAGAGGAGCUUCCUGAUACAAUGGCUGCAGUUAGAUUAUCUGGGAUGGAGAUAAGUGACCUAACCAUGGAGCUUAGUGACAUUGGUCAAGAAAUUACACAAGGUGUCAAAAGUUCUACUCGAGCUGUUCGGGUGGCGGGGGAAAGAUUGAGGCGGUUGACUAAUAUGUCUCCUUCAGGUGGUAGCUCCGAUGGAGGCGAAGGAUAAAGUACCAGUUCUAGCUAGAACAGCAAGAGGCAUAAGGAUUGGGAUUGUAAAGGGUCGUGGAUUUUUUCAAAUGAUUUUCACCCUCACUCAUUUUUAUAGGAUUGUCUUGAACUUCGUCAAAGGUCGAGCUAAGGCAUGAAUUGAGAUCUUGGAAGUCACAUGUUACUGGGAGAAUCAUUUAGUUCUGUAUAUAUCUUUUUGUAGUAAUGUGUGGUUGCUAAGUUGCUAUUCAAUUACCGCUGAUUUUAUGGAUUGUUGAUCUUAUUUUUUCGAGUAGAAACAAUAUGAAUAUUUGGAACCUCGUGCGUUUCUUCUACAAUUUGCUCAACUAGCGGAGACGUUUUUCAUACUUAAAAAUGUCGAUAGGAGCUUCGAUGAUAUGUUUGCUUCAGGGACAGAAAAUUUCAGAUCUUAUGACGGAAUAUACCAGAUAUAGAAGGUUUGUGCAGUGAAGGAACAUAAGUUGGGCUUUUCUAUUGAAAAUCUUGAUGGGAUUAACUCUGCCUGGUUAUAUAGCGUUUCAGGCGGGUAUGGUUAACAUAUGUACAUGGUUUUCUCAGGCAUAUCUGGCGAUGGACCUCGUGUCCAUCUGGAUCAGAGGGAACUGUUGGAGAUUGUAUUGACUCUUGAGCUUCAUGUAAGGGGAUUUGCUGCA